CAAAACCCUACACCACCGCCAUUAGUCACUCAAUUCAUCAUCACCACCACCACUACCACCAUCGUCGUACUCAUCAUUUGUCAUCAUCAGCCUCCAUUAAGGGUUCCAUUUUUCAGAACUAGUGCUCUCUCCAUUUCUUGCUUAAAAUUCGUAGAUUCGUUCAACAUGGAUUCCCAUAUCUUUCAAUUUUAAACACGCCAUUAACAACGAGAUACUGUGCUGAAGAAAAAGCUCUUGGUAACUUCCAUAAUACUUGUGUGGGGGAUUCAAUUGACUUCAAUUUUUUUUCUUUUACAAAGAAUACUUGCUUGUGGAUUUUCCCUGUGGUGGGUUUUUGUUUAGUGUCUUAUUGUUUUACCUUCUUCUUGGAUUAGUGGGUUUCAUGUGCCUCCGGAAGCAGAGAAAAUCCAUUGUGUUAUUCGUCAUAUAAUCACCAUGAGUCGGCUCUGUCUUCUACUGGUGUUGGUUUUCAAUUUUGGAGCAUUCUCAAAUGGACUCUCAAGACCUGCCGUUGUGAACAUUGGAUCUAUUUUCACUUUUGCUUCCACAAAUGGAAAAGUUGCAAAAAUUGCCAUGCAGGCUGCAGUAGAAGAUGUGAAUUCUGAUCCCAGUUUUCUUGGUGGAAGCAAACUGAGUCUUUCUUCCCACGACUCCAACUUCAGUGGGUUUCUAGGCAUCAUAGGAGCUUUAAAAUACAUGGAGACUGAUACCGUGGCCAUUAUUGGCCCUCAGACUGCAAUUAUGGCCCAUGUAAUCUCACAUCUUGCCAAUGAACUCCAAGUGCCUCUUUUGUCAUUCACGGCCCUUGAUCCCACUCUCUCUUCUCUCCAGUACCCCUUCUUUGUUCAGACAGCUCCCAAUGAUUUGUUCCAGAUGACCGCAAUUGCUGAUAUGGUAAGCUACUAUGGUUGGAGGGAUGUCAUUGCGGUCUACACCGAUGACGAUAAUGGGCGCAAUGGUAUAGCUACAUUAGGUGAUAAACUUGAAGAAAGGCGCUGUAAGAUUUCUUACAAAGCAGCCCUUCCUCCUGACCCUGCAACUCGAAGCGAUGUUCAAGAUGCUUUGAUUAAGUUGUUAGCAUUGGAGUCGAGAGUAAUUGUUUUACACAGUUACAAAUUAUCAGGUCUCGUGGUCUUUGAUGUUGCCAACUCUCUUGGAAUGAUGGGUAGUGGGUAUGUGUGGAUAGCUACCACCUGGCUCUCUUCUACUUUAGACUCUAUGGCUACCUUAGAUCCAACAAUCAGUGAGAAAACCCAAGGAGUUCUCACAUUGCGCCCACACACACUAGAUUCAGAAAAGAAAAAAGCUUUCUUCUCAAGAUGGAGCCAACUGAGUGGUGGAUCUGUAGGGUUGAAUCCGUAUGGUCUCUAUGCCUAUGAUACUGUAUGGAUAAUUGCUCAUGCAAUCAAGGCCUUCUUUGAGCAGGGUUGGACCAUUUCAUUCUCAAAUGAUUCGAGGUUAACUAAUGUAGUGUUAAAAGGUGCUCUGCAACUUGACAAAAUGAGCAUAUUUGAUGGGGGAAAGCAUUUGCUGGACAAUAUAUUGCAUACCAAUAUGAUGGGGCUUACAGGUCCAAUUCAGUUUAAUCCAGAUAGAUCACUCAUCCGCCCCGCAUAUGAUGUCGUCAAUGUGAUAGGGACUGGGGUUCGGCAAAUUGGGUACUGGUCUAAUUAUUCUGGGUUAUCUGUCAUGCUGCCAGAGACACUGUACAUGAAGCCACCUAACCGUUCAAGUUCAAGCCAACAACUAUACAGUGCAGUUUGGCCUGGGCAGACGACGACAAAGCCUCGUGGAUGGGUUUUCCCAGACAAUGGAAGGCAGUUGAGGAUUGGGUUUCCUAACCGAGCUAGUUUUUGGCAAUUCGUCUCUCUAAUAAAUGGUAGUGAUACGGUUCGCGGUUACUCUAUAGAUGUAUUCACUGCUGCCCUAGGUCUGCUACCUUAUGGUGUUCCAUAUAAGUUCAUUCCAUUUGGAGAUGGAAAACAGAAUCCAAACUACAAUGAACUUGUGGAUAUGAUAACAACAGAGGGCUUCGAUGCUGUUGUAGGUGACAUUGCAAUAGUCACAAACAGAACAAAAGUGGUGGAUUUUACUCAGCCAUAUAUUGAAUCAGGGCUAGUUGUCGUGGUCUCACUGAGGAAGUUAGACUCCAAUGCAUGGGCUUUCCUGAGGCCAUUCACUCCAAUGAUGUGGGCUGUCACAGCAGCAUUUUUUCUUCUUGUUGGUGCGGUUGUGUGGAUUCUUGAACAUAGAAUAAAUGACGAAUUCCGAGGGCCACCUAAGCAACAGAUUGUUACGAUUCUGUGGUUUAGCUUUUCUACUUUGUUCUUUGCCCACAGAGAGAACACUAUGAGCGCCCUUGGUCGCUUGGUGCUUAUCAUAUGGCUUUUUGUGGUGCUGAUAAUCAACUCAAGCUACACUGCAAGUCUGACUUCAAUCCUCACUGUUCAACAGCUGUCUUCACCCAUCAAAGGAAUCGAAAGCUUGAUAACAAGCACAGAGCCAAUUGGAUUCCAAGUGGGAUCUUUCGCUGAAAACUACUUGAACCAGGAACUAAACAUUCCUAAAUCUAGACUCAUUGCCCUUGGUUCACCAGAAGCCUAUGCUAUGGCCCUUGAGAAUGGGACUGUUGCUGCUAUUGUUGAGGAAAGACCAUACGUAGAUGUCUUCCUUUCAAGAAACUGCAAAUUCUCUGCUGUUGGCCAAGAAUUUACCAAAAGCGGGUGGGGAUUUGCAUUUCCAAAAGACUCUCCCCUAGCCAUUGACCUAUCCACAGCCAUUCUGCAACUGUCGGAGAACGGCGAUCUUCAAAGGAUCCAUGACAAGUGGUUGACAGGACAAACUUGUAGUUCACAGCAAGAGAUCCAAUCAGAUCGGCUUCACUUGAAGAGCUUCUCUGGUCUCUUUAUCAUAUGUGGCAUUGCAUGCUUUGUUGCACUCUUUAUAUACUUCAUUUCGAUGAUGCGACAGUUCAGCAGUCAGUUUUCCGAAGAAUUCGAUUCUUCUGGUUCUGGUAGCUCACGAUCUGCACGCCUCCAGAGGUUUCUGUCGUUCGUUGAUGAGAAGGAAGAGGAAUCGAAGAGCAAAUCCAAGAGAAAACAAAUGGAGCAAUCAUCAAAUAUCAACAGUGAGCAAGAUGGACAAAGGAAUGGAUCCAACAGACAGGAAAUAGAUGGCAAUAAUUCAGACUGCACUUUUCCCUAAUUAAUUAGCUUUGUCCACCCUUAUUUCAUUACUUUCGCACGAAGUCAGUUGAUCUUUUGUUCAAUACAAGUCUCAUAUACUGUAAAUUGUAAAAUAUAGAUUAAGUUCUUCCCUUCCUCUUACUGGGGGUUAACUUGUAGCUGUUUUUGAUUUUUUGAAUGUCCAUUAAAGUUGGGCAUUCAUUUGUACUGAACAUUAGAGAUAUAUAUGGAAACAAGAAGUUCUGAGCAUCUAAAUAUCUUGG